UUAGUCAAAGAAUUGCUUACAGCAUUUUCCUUUUACUUCGUGCCAUUGUAAAUGCAGAUUCCUAACACGCCCAAAACAGUAAACUUUUGCGUGAGUGACGUUGCUUGUCCGGCUUGCUUGACAAAUACCCCCACAUGGAGUUAGGCUCUGUCACGGCUGCAGAUACUUGCCCUCAUAAUGUGGCUUUACCGUGUUUAAGUGAGAGCCCUCUGGCUUUGAAACAGUACAGAGAAACCCUCCCUCUCACCUCUCCCUUUUCUUGGUUUUUCUUUUCAUUCUUUCUUUUUUUCCACAUUGUGGGUGGAAUGGAGUGUGUGGAAGUGAAUUCCGGUAGCUUUUGUUAGUUUUCUUGGUUGGUUCUUGAAUGAGUUUUGCUUUGGUUCUCAAGUUUCAGAUCUGAUUAUGAGAGUUUCUUGAAGAUUUGGCCGUUGUUUGUUCUUGGAUUCGGCAUCCUUUUCAGCUCGUGAGGUUCAAAAGCCACCUUGCUCGGAAAUGGCUCCAAGAUUGGACUUUUCUAACUGGUGGGGAAAAGAUACCCGCAAGGGAACCCCGGUGGUAGUCACAAUGGAGAACCCCAACUUCUCAGUUGUGGAGAUUGACGGCCCAGACGCUGCGUUCCGGCCGGUGGAGAAAAGCCGGGGCAAGAAUGCGAAGCAGGUCACGUGGGUCUUGCUUCUCAAGGCCAACCGUGCUAUCGGUUGCGUCUCCUGGCUCGCCACGGCACUCUGGGCAUUGCUCGGAGCCAUCAAGAGGAGGUUGAUCCAUAGACAAGGAGUAACCUUGGCCAGCGAGAAGUUGGGUAAAGGGAAACUGCUUUUCAGAAUCAUAAGAGCGUUCUUAGUCACUGCCUUGGCCAUCCUGGCCUUUGAGGUGGUUGCCUAUUUCCAAGGGUGGCAUUAUUUUAAGAAUCCCAGUUUGCACAUUCCUCGGACUUCUGAGUUGCGAGGCUUCUUCCACAUGGCUUAUGUUGCUUGGUUGACAUUCCGGGCCGAUUACAUUGCGCCCCCAAUUCAAGCACUCUCAAACUUCUGUGUUGUUCUGUUCCUUAUCCAAUCCGUGGACCGUAUGAUACUUUGCUUAGGUUGCUUAUGGAUAAAAUACAAGAAGAUUAAGCCAAGGAUUGAGGGGGAUCCCUUCAAGUCGGAUGAUGUGGAGGGGUCAGGCAAUUAUCCCAUGGUUCUCGUUCAAAUUCCAAUGUGUAAUGAGAGGGAGGUCUAUGAGCAGUCUAUCUCUGCAGUGUGCCAACUUGAUUGGCCAAAGGAUCGACUACUGGUUCAAGUUCUUGACGAUUCUGAUGAUGAGACUAUUCAAUGGUUAAUUGAAGCAGAGGUUGCUAAAUGGAGCCAAAGGGGCAUCAACAUAAUCUAUCGACAUCGUUUGGUUAGAACUGGUUACAAAGCAGGGAAUCUCAAGUCAGCGAUGAGUUGUGAUUACGUUAUGAGUUACGAGUUUGUGGCGAUUUUUGAUGCAGAUUUCCAACCUAAUCCUGAUUUUCUUAAGCUAACUGUGCCCCACUUCAAGGGCAAUCCUGAACUAGGUUUGGUUCAGGCUAGAUGGGCUUUCGUGAACAAGGAUGAAAACCUGUUGACUCGUCUCCAAAACAUUAAUCUGUGUUUCCACUUCGAGGUGGAACAGCAGGUCAAUGGGGUAUUCAUUAAUUUCUUUGGUUUCAAUGGAACUGCUGGUGUUUGGAGAAUUAAAGCCCUGGAGGAGUCUGGUGGCUGGCUUGAAAGGACAACUGUGGAGGAUAUGGACAUAGCCAUCCGAGCCCAUCUCAAUGGUUGGAAGUUCAUCUUCCUUAAUGAUGUAAAGGCCCUUUGUGAAGUUCCCGAGUCAUAUGAAGCUUACAGGAAGCAGCAGCAUCGCUGGCAUUCUGGCCCAAUGCAACUUUUUAGACUGUGUCUUCCAGCAAUCAUAACUUCAAAGAUAUCAGCAUGUAAGAAAGCAAACUUGGUACUGCUAUUCUUUCUGUUGAGGAAACUCAUCCUUCCCUUCUAUUCCUUCACAUUGUUCUGCGUAAUUCUUCCUUUAACUAUGUUUGUCCCCGAGGCUGAGCUUCCCGUAUGGGUCAUUUGUUAUGUGCCAGUAUUUAUGUCAUUCCUAAACAUUCUUCCAGCCCCCAAAUCUUUCCCCUUCAUUGUUCCUUACCUGCUAUUUGAGAAUACCAUGUCUGUUACAAAAUUCAACGCAAUGGUAUCUGGAUUGUUCCAGUUGGGUAGCUCUUAUGAGUGGGUUGUCACCAAGAAGGCUGGCAGGUCAUCAGAAUCUGAUUUACUGGCUGCUGCUGAAAGGGAAUCUAGAACAAUAAACCAGCCACAAUUCUCCAGAGGAGCUUCUGAGAGUGAGCUCUGUGAAUUGAACCAAAUUAAGGAACAGAAAGAAGCAUCUCGAGAUCCUGUUAAGAAAAUUAACAAGAUAUAUAGGAAGGAGCUUGCUCUGGCAUUCCUUUUGCUCACAGCUUCUGUCAGAAGCCUGUUGUCUGCACAAGGAGUCCACUUCUAUUUCCUGCUUUUCCAAGGGGUGACCUUCCUGCUUGUGGGUCUUGAUUUGAUUGGGGAGCAGAUGAGCUAAUAAUGAGGGGGGGACAAGAGAAAGGAGGAGAAAGAAAAGCACCCUUCUGCUGAGAUUCAGUAAAUGUGCAUCUCAGCAGCAGUGAUAUGUGUGGGCAGUGCAAGCAAGGAAGUUCCAAUCCUUUUUGCCUUGGGAGAUUGCAGUCAAGGGGUAACCCUCCAAUUCAAUAAAAUGAAUUUCUUGUAUUCCUCGUACGAAUGAAGUGUCUGAUAGGGUUUCUAUGUUCACAGUAACUCUCCUUGGCAUUUACAAUUACCAUUUUUCCUCAUUUCCAUAGGGCAUUGGUCAUAUUGUAAUCCUCCAUAGGUAUUGAAUUAUUGUUCGUGAUAGGUAGGGAUAGAAUACUCUAUGUUCGUGAAGUGUAUCACAGUUUACAUCAACCCUUGCUUGUGUGCGGUUUGGCACCUUCGCCCGCCGCUGACCCCCAGGCCAUAUUGUCUUUGUAUUUUGCAGAAUGCAAGAGAGAGUCCAAGGAUGAGAUUGCUUGAUGCUUUCUGGUUUAUACUUCGUAGAUUCUUUCUUCAUUAGUGAUUAGACAUGUAAAACAUCUAUUUGUUCAAUUUUCUGGUCUAUUCAAUGUAACCAUUGAUUCUCUCUC